AGAUGAGAUAAAAAAAGUCAUAAAAGUAAAAAAAAAAAUGUAAAAGGAAGCACAGAAACCAUUGUAAAAGAUUUUGAAGGAAAAAAACUCCAAAAUUGAAAAAUAGUUUUCCAUGAUUUAUGUCUCUCUGGCCCCUACUUUGGUCAGAAUUUAAAGAUUAACUGGCCCUUUUCCCCCCAUAUAUUUCCCCCUAUACAUACAUACAUACAUACAAACAUAUAUAUAUCUAUAUAUAUAUAUACAUGUGUGUGUAUUUAUGGAUUUAUAUAUCAAGGAAGUGCCCCAGCAUGGCACCGACUAUUUUGCGAAGGAAUCAUUGAAAGAAAAAGUUUGAUUGAAAGAUGUUGGAAAAAAGGGGUAGAUAGGGGCAAAACUGAAAUUUACAUAAAAGACAUUAGACAUGUCAAAGAUUUUCAAGAAAAAACCCCCAAAAUCAUAAGAUAGUUUUCCAUGAUUUUUACCUCCUACUUCGGUCAAUUUUGGAGCGGCCCUUUUUUACUAUAUUUUUUCCUAUAUAUUUAUAUCAAUAUAUAUAUAUCAAAGGAAUGUUCUAGAAUGGCUACAGUUCAAUGACUAAAACAAAGGAUAAAAAUAUAUUUGUACAUAUAUAUAUAUAUAUAUAUAUAUAUAUCCAAAUCGAGGGUAAAAUCCAGACUACAUAUGUUUCUUAACUAGCAGAUCCUCUUAUACAAUUACUCAGCUAGCUAUUCAUCAGGCCAAACAUACCUUCAUUAUAUAAAGGUGCUUCAGCUUAUCAAACUUCAGUAUGAGAAAGGCCUAUGACCAUCACCAAUAAACCAUUAUUAUUCCUGAACACUGAUUUCUUUUACACCUGCCACGGACUGCUCAAAGCUUACUAACUUCCUACAAUUAGAUAAUUGGAUAUUAUAAUUACAAAAAUAUAUUUGUACAUAUAUAUAUUAUAUAUUGAAAUGGAUUCCCUGUCUAUGAGUGCAGUAUCUGGUAUUGAAGGCGCUAACGAUGCCACUGUUUCUUCGAAGGUGCGUCAGUUCAAAUGCCAGUACUGCAGCAAAGACUUCGAUCGGUACAGCCAUCUAGCCAGGCAUUUGAAGAUUCACUCCGGUCUCCGGCCGUUUGAGUGCAAGUACUGCCACAAGUCGUUCUCCCGGUCGGACAACCUUAUCAAGCACGUCCGAAUUCACACCGGGGACAAGCGCUACGGCUGCGAAUUCUGCCUGAAGCGCUUCACCGAUUCGAGCAACCUCAGCAAGCACAUGCGCACGCACGCGGGCACACGGCGCUACACGUGCACGCUCUGCUCGAAGACGUUUCGCAAGUCGGACACCCUCCGGCGCCACCUUUUGACCCAUGGUGUGUCCGACGGAAAUGGCAGCGCCGUUGCCGCCGACGAUGGCAAUGGUGGUAGUGGUAGUGGUGGUGGUGGUGGUGGCAGCAGUACUGAUAACGGAAGUGGUGAAGUUGCACUCCGUGACAAUCUCUCCGUGGGUGGUCACGACCGUCGUGGAAGCAGCAUGGAUGCCAGUGGCGACACGGCGUCGUUGCUGUCCCUGAGCGACGCAGCUGCAGCCGCUGCUGAUGUGCAGAGGCGACUCCAGAUGCAAAACAUCCUCCACAUUAUCAAUAAAGAGAGGUCAUUUCCGACCAUGACCACCUCCACAGUCACCGCCACCACCACCGCGACAACAGCAGAUGUGUCGAAUCUGCAAGGCGCGCAGUUGCAGUCACAACUGCAGACGCACCCUCGGUCACGGCUGCCGUCGGUUAGUAAGUCAGAGGCAAAAGCAAGGGGGACUCUCGGCGCAAUUGGUGAACCCUCAAAUGAGGCGCGAUUGCUAGGACCAGAUGCAGGAGCCACUGCAACCAAGUCUUCGUAUACAGGGAAUCUUUUGCAAUGGUCCGACGGAGAAGAGGAGGAGAUCGUAAAGGCCCCACCUAAGAACACAACGGCCAUAGCAACGGAUGUCUUCAGCAGAACCGAUCACAUCAUAAGACAACUGUCGCAAACCAAUGAAAACAUCCAGGUGUACAAUAGUAAUAACACUAGUAGUAGUAGUAGUAGUAAAAUUAGUAAGAUGAAGUUAAAACAAAACAGAAUGAAAUCAGUGAACCAUGUCGGUUUUGAUUUUGAUCAACUACUUUCAUAUUCUGCGAAUGCCGCCACGCUGUUACCCAAUCCAGUCGGCCGGAAAGCUUCUGCUUCGUCAAGGUCCACCGCAGGUCAUUCCGUCGACAGAUUCCAUCAUGUGAACAGUUUAGGCAGGGCCCGUAACCGUUUUCCGAUAACGUUCCAGUGCAGUUACUGCGGCAUGCAGUUUUUCUCCAGAACCUCGUUGGAGAUGCACGUAAAGGGACACGUAGAUGACUGUGCAGAAGAAGGGAAGGACGUGGCCCCGUUCCGCAUAAAGAAUGAAUACGAUGACGAUAAACUGGGACAAGUUAACCAUAUAAAUACACUGCUGGGAAACAUUAGCGAGGAUGUGUCAAAGAUCCAUGUGAAGAGGCGGCUGUUGGAAAAUCAUGGUAGUAUGGAUUUAUUCCAAACAUCAAGGGUCGGCGGAGCAACAAGCUUCAAAGACCUCCACGUAGGGUCAGCAGGCCCUCCGUAUGAGUGCCUCUAUUGCAAGGCAGCGUUUCCAAGGGCUUUAGCGUUGGCUGAUCACCUGAAAUGUCACAUCCGACGGCGGCUCGAGUGUAAGAACUGUGGAGAGUCCUUCAGCUCCAGUGUCCGGCUGUCGAAGCAUCGGAGACAAUGUCCGGCUCAAGAUCGGAACCAGAGAUCAAACCGAAGCAAGAAUAGGACUGAUCUCGUGCAGCAGAGAUUGGUCUCCGCGAGACUUGUUGGCGGCCAACCGCAGUUUGACCAUCACACGAUGGCACAAGAUGACCAGGGACUAAAUCCCGAUCGUCGUUUUCAGUUGUCGGCAGGAGACCCUGUUUCCUCGGUGGUGGUCGUAAAUCCAUCGGCGCCAAAAUUGAAACAGGAGAUAAUACUGUCUGAUAGCGAGAUGGAGGACGAUGACACAGAGGAUGAUAAGAAAGAGGACAGCAUCAAAGACCCAGGGAAUUCAAUGUUGCUGCAGCAUGGUCUGAAUGUUUUGGAUGGCAUUGGAUUAAGUACGGAGGAUUUAACAGGGUUGUCACAAAAUGGUGAGCGAGAAGCUUUUGAUGCCCUCGGCAUGGUGAAGAAGAAAAGACGGCAAGGAAAUGAUUUUGGUUCAUCUCUCCGCAACACUGCUUGCAAGGAAAAAGAAACACAAGGACAGCAAGAACAAGAAGAAACAGGGAAAUUAAUGGCAAUUAGUGGUAACGAGUCUACUGUUGAAGUUGAUGCAAUUGUCGCCAAAAUCCUGAGCAAAAUCGGUCAAGUAUCAGAGUGUGAUUUCCGACGGGUUAUCAAACAAGAAGUGAAAGAAACCGGAAACUGUCGAGACCGAAAAGGAAAAGAAGUGGCAGUUGGUGGUAUAUCUACCAGUAGAUCCUUCCAGAAUUUGAUGUCUGUUGAUCAGAUUUCUUUAAAUAAAUCCAAAAUCUUUGCUAGAAACACUACGGUUCUUACUGAUGAUAAUGAUGAUGAUGUUGGUCCUAGUAUGGUCGAUCGGUAUAGCUCUGUUGCAGUGCCCCAGGGUGUUGUUUUGAAGACAGAGACGGGGGAGACGUUAGUUUCUGUGGUAGAUGACGGCGGUGAUGAUAGCCAAGUGACAGGGUUUGGGUCUGUGAGCCAUAUGGAAGUUUCCAAUAGGGCCUCACCCACUGAUGAUGAAAAUUUUAGUUCGACACCGCAGAAGCAGACUUCGAUGUCGGUGUCGGGGCCUUCAACACCAUCGGCAGAAACACCGACGCCACCUGUUUCCCGUGUUGCCACGGAUUCAAAAGUGAAAGUAAAAGUGAAGAAGGAAGCGUCGGUGCCACCAUGCGAUCGCUCGGUGCGCCACGACGACUCGAUACGAAUUCCUCCGUCGCGCGUCCACACUGCGCCAUCGAAAGAUCUCGGCAAGGGAGACAGCUCGGGUGUUGGUCCCUUGACAAAAGCAUCAAGUGACAAAGAGACCCUGGAUGUUGAAAUUGUUAACACCGAAACUGGGACCACAACUGCUGCUUCCACCACUAUUACUACUACUACUACUACUACUACUCCUACCACCACUACUACUACUAAAUAUGAUGAUCAUGAUAAUAACAGCUACCAGAGCACAAGUAGUUGUAAUAGUAGCAGUAAUAACAGCUGUAGUAGCACUACAACUACUGUUGUUACCACUAGUAGCAGUAGAGGCAGUACCGCUGCUACGCACACUUCAUCCACAACUGCUUCCGCUGCCAUCUCUACUGCUACCUCCGCUGCAUUUAAUACUACUUCUGCUGCUGCUGUAGAUUCUACUUCUCCUGUGAUUUCUGCUUCUGCUACAUCUACUACUACUACUACUACUACUGCUAGUUUUUCCGCUGCAAAUUUGACCAGUUCCGCUGCAAAUUUGACCAGUUCCGCUGCAAGUUUGACCAGUUCCGCUGCAAAUUUGGCCAGUUCCACUGCAAAUUUGACCAGUUCCGCUGCAAGUUUGACCGGUUCCGCUGCAAAUUUGACCAGUUCCGCUGCAAGUUUGACCAGUUCCGCUGCAAAUUUGACUAGUUCCGCUGCAGCUAAUGACAAGAAAGAUGGAAGUGUAAGAAGCAAUGGAAAUAUCAAAGAAUUUUCCUGUAAGUAUUGCAGGGAAUCGGCGUCUUCAUUGCCAGUUUCGUUCUCCUCGGCCCUCGACCUCACGCAGCAUCUCCGCUGGUGCCACCUGGUGCAUGCCUGCUCGGUGUGCUGGAAGAAUUUCUCCAAGUCGACGCAGCUGAACCGACACCUGAAGAUCCAUGCGGGCAUCAAGCCGUUCCGAUGCGCGUACUGCGACCGCGCAUUCUCCCGCUCGGACAACCUCGUCAAGCACGUGCGCAUCCACACGGGCGACAAGCGCUAUUCGUGCAGCAUCUGCACGAAGCGCUUCACCGAUUCCAGCAACCUCACCAAACACCUGCGGACGCACGCGCGCGCAGCAGCAGCGACAGCAACAGCUGCUUCCGGUGGUGCAACUGCACCCAGUAAGAGCAACAGUAGCAGGAGUGGUAACCAUAGCAACAGUAACCACAGCUUUCCGCCGCCGCACACGUCCACUGGAAGCAGUGAAAGAGACGAUGACGAUGACAGCAGAGGAGAUGAUGACAAUAGCUACGAAAGCCGCUGCUUCCUAUCACGGCAGCAACAGCAAAACCCGGAGCUACGGGAGAGCGGGUCACCAUUGCUGCCCCCAUCUACAGAGUUGUCUCCCUUUCGGUGCAUGCUCUGCUCAAAGCCUUUCGACAACUCCAUCGCGCUGCAUCGCCAUUUACUCACACAUGCUAAACUCGGCCAGUCUCCCCCGCAAUUGAAGACACUACUUCUGUCAGAAACAACAUCCCCAUCACCACCACCAUCACCUCAACAACAUCUUCCUUUGCUACCUUAUUCGGUGCCGUCCUCAUCAGCAACAGAUUUAAGAAGCAUUUCUGCUGCUGUAGCUAGGGCUGCCGUUGGUACUACUAAUAUUAAUACUACUACUACUACUAGUACUACUACUACUACUGCCUUUUCUGUGAUACCACAAUCACCGCCGCAAUCGUCAUCAUCAUUGUUAUCACUUUCAUUGCAGUCCAUGUCAUCAUCUGCUAAGAACGCCACCUCAGCUCUGAAGAAGACAUUUGGUUCUGGGCCCACUGCCCUGUUGCAACGCUUCAAAAAACAGCUGCGAGACAAGUUGUAUCGGUGCCACCAAUGUGGGAAGGUAUUUCUCGAUGAGUCCACCCUUGCCAACCACAUCUACCGGUUCCAUAUAACCACCAUCACUGCCGCCUCGCUGACAGUAAAAGACGACGGAGAGGAAAAUGAUGAAGAGAUGGAGGAGGAGGAGAUGAAAGAGGAGGAAGACGUGGGCGAGGACGAACAGACUGGCUUGUCGGAACAUGGUCAAACUGCCCCAGUGGCCUCUCAGCAGAACAUGCGUUCACCAGUGUCCGUUUCCAGAGGAACCAGCUCGGGGACGUUGUUCAGCAAGACAAGUGGUGCAUCUUUGCUUGCCAUACCUGGUGAUCCUAACUGUCGCUCCCUUUGUAAUGUCAGUCCCUUUAUGCUUGAUUAUAUCAAGCAGGAAGUAUUAGAAGAAGAAGAAGAUGAGGAUGGAAAUCAAGAAGAGGAAGAUGAGGCUGCUGGAAACACUACACUGACAGUUGUCGGUGGGUUCAAAGUGGAGAUGGAUACAGAAAUGGAUGAUUAUCUCUACAGCGGCAAUAAUAACCCUAAUCCGAGUGACCCCUAUAAUCCUCAUCAUCAUCAUCACAGUCGCCUUCAUCCUUAUAUUAACAACAGUGAUAAUGAUGAUGAUGAUGAUAAUGAUGAUGAAAAUAAUAGUAGUCAUCAGAGCCAUCAACACCAACAACAUCUUCGUACACAUCGUCGUCUUCAUGAUAGUGACCAUCACCCUAGAAACCGUCUCUUUCAUUGCUCCCGGUGUCAGAUAUUCUUUUCCGGUGUGGAGGAGCUAACGCAUCACCUGAAAUUACACACGACAGGUGAGAUGUUCAGGUGUAAGGAGUGCGGAGAGCUCAUCCAAGACCUCAACAUGUUCAAUGACCACCUCCUCAGAGAUUGUCAAGGUAGCAGUAGCAACAACACUAACAGCUUCACUGAUACCGUUUCCCUUGGUGGCAAUAAGCUGACCGGCGCCGUCGUCUCCCAUGACGACGAGAUGGACAGUCGCAUCUCCGAUGUCAACAGCUUGACCAGUGGAAAUGAUUUGACCAAUUCUGUGUCAAAACCCAACAGCAUACUGUCCAGUACUGCCUCUGAUAUUGAAAACUUGACCACUGCUAUCACCAACAGUGAUGGCUCAAGUAACACCAAUAUUUCCCUCGGUCACCACAAUUCAAUUAGUUCUGUCUCCAAAACCGAUAUAUCGUCCAGUGCUGUCUCGGAGACUGAGAGCUUGACCAAUGCUGUGACUAACACCAGUGGCUCAAGUGACUCCAAUAUUACUUCUGCUAGCCAUAAUUUGACCGAGUCUACCUCAGAAGACUCUGCAAAGUUACCAUUGCAGAAUCAGUUGGACGUCCAGCAGAACGAAGCAAAAGCCAGAUCAAGCAUCGUAGUGUCCAGUGAGCGGUCAGUAUUGCUGUCAUCAUCGUCAUCACCUUGGCAUUUGCAGUUUUCAUCCCCACUGCCAUCAGCUUCUUCGUCGCCGAGCGCUGGGUUUGGUCCGGCCAGUUCUGGUCAAGACCCGGGCUCAGACCGGGCGGCUUCGGUUCCGUCCUUGUCUUCCCCCGGCGUUCAGGUGCAAAGACAAGCUGAGACGACGGCUGAAAUACGUUGCGGACCGAAUGACCUCGGGAACCGUGGAGAUGAUGACCUACGUACAGCAGAUGGCAGCAGCUGUCUUGUCAGUGCUCCGAGGAAUAAUAUGGUUACCACUGUUGCUAGUACCACCACCACCACCACCAUCAAUGUCAACAGCUGUAGCAAUAAUAAUAAUAAUAAUAAUAAUAAUAAUAAUGAAAACUACAACAGUAACAGGACAAUAAAUGAUAACAACAACCACAACAAUUUUCAGGAAUCGUCCGCCGAGAAUUUUCCCAAGAAAUCCUUGGUUGACCCUUUCCAAGAGAAUUUGUCUUUGGCUGUGAAACAAGAAUUUGUACUGCCUGAUGGUAGCGCCAUGAAGCAAGAACCAAAGACGCCAGAGCCUGAUGGACAACAAGUUGAUGGUUAUCGUACCUCCACCGCCUCUGGCUCAGUGAUGGAGCUGUUUCCGUGGAGGGGCGGAGACGGCGGUGUGCCUCUCAUCCCUUCUCUCCCUGCUCGUGUAUGUGAGAUUCCACAGGGGAGGGGUCAGUUUGAAGCAGAAAACAGUUGUGGUUCUGUCGGGGGUAUAAGUCGGGCCGAUAUCAAACAGGAGGUUGACAUCCGAGAAGGACCCAUGGUGGGAGUUGCAGAAGGCAAAGAUGUCGUUGAGGAUGGAAAUCUUAACACUUCAGAACCAUUCCAGAGGUCAGCCUCUUCUGAUAACGCUGACCUCUUAGCUGGUACAGUUUCCCUGAAUGAGAAUUUUGUAUUUCCUUCCACUCUUGAUGACGAAGAACUCAAAGACAUCAACUUCAAAUUUCCAUCGGCCAUCGAUGCUGCCGAAGAACUUAAAAAUAUUGACCUCAAGUUUUCCUCGGAGAAUACCAUUGACGAACUCAAGGACAUCAACUUCAAAUCCCAAGGCGUUCGUCUAUCUUAUGACCUGCUUAAUACGACCCGAAAUUCAAAAGAUGCCCACCACACUGAUGUUGCAGGAUUUUACAGCAAUGCAGAUCAGGAACCAUCGAAUUCUUACUACGACGGGAACGGAAACUUUCGGAAAGGAACUGCAAUGGUCCCUGACAAACAACCCGAGGCCGAGAAAUGCAUUCAAGAAUUUCUGCUUUUUGACGAGUUUGUCGAGUUUCGGAAUAAGAAUUAUUUCUCCGGUGCCAACGGUGGCCCCGAAUCGACCCUUGUUGCAGACCAGAAAUGCAAAACCAACAAUGUCAUUUGUAUUUCGGAUUCAAAUUCUAAUUCUGCAAUGUCCCUUUCUGAUGAUGACGGGGAUGAUGAUGAUGAUGGUGAUGUUCCUUUGACGUCGGAUGGUCCUAACUACAGGAACAGCAUGAAAAAUUUGGGGUUCACAAUGACAGUGGUUCCUGCUGGGUCCACCAACACGCAUCACGCUGAUAACGUAAUGAUGAAACAGACAGAGGAUCUGAAGGACGUCUUUGAGAACGUGAAUGUGAAACUGGAAGAUGAGGAGGAGGAGGAAAUGUCUCAACCCUGCGCAAGCGAUAUAUUGGUAUCGUCCUUGCCCGAGGGAGGUUUUGAGGUUGACAACAGCAACAGCGAUGUCUCUAGGGUUAACAAGUUUCCUCCGUCCCAAUGGGAGUCGAACCAAAACGACAGACAGUUCCGAGAUGCAAUGCUCGAUUUCCUCAGCUCCCUCAGUGACGAGACCCUACAACUGCUUCUGCAAAAAGGGGACAAAUGGUGCGACGAGCUACUGCACCACACAGUGACCGCGGCGUGGAAGCCUGCAGCGGCGACAAACAUGGAUUGUCUUCCGUCCGAUGUCGCCAUGACUUUAAGCGCUAGGGAGAAUGAAGCGGGCAUCUGUGAAGAUUAUGAGGACGUAGACAACCACAUGUCUGUCGACGCUGCUGAAAGGAAGUCCCAGAAUUUGUCGAACCAAGUGGCUGCUGACCUCAUCAUGGCCGACCGUCCAGACAACACCUCAUCUUAUAACAAUGCCCAAUUCAUACAACACGAUGGUAACAAACAGUCGUCUCUGAUGACCGCAAAAGCGACUCCUACAGGAUCAAUGGACGCUGUUGACUGUAAGGAACUCAACCAGGAAAGCAGGACCUUGAAAGAAAAUCUUAGCCAGCCCCUACCAAACUCUUUGUCCUUCUUGUCUUGCCUUCAACCAGCUGAAAAUAAUCUGGAUUUUCCGAAGCCUUUUAUCAAAAUCGAACCAGAAUUUUCCACAGACUCUGAUUGCUCAGCAAUGGUGCCAAUCAGUUCCAAAAUUAAGACCGAAGACUUGUCCAAGUUUUCCGAUGCGAUAUUUAACGCUGACGAGCUAGCAUCCUUAUUGUCUGGUAAUCAACUCCCAGCCCUGAAUAAUGUCAGAGAAAUGCUAAUUGAGAGGGACUUGUCCCUUAAGAGUAAGCGCAAUUCUUCCCAUUUCCUCGGUAAUGUUUUCGCUGAUCAAUUAGAUAACGAUGCUGAUCGUAAGGUAACGUUUUCCGAACUUAAUGACAAUCACCAUGAAUUAUUAUCAUCAUCGUUACCCUUAUCUUCAUUUCCUUCCUUACCCGCUGAUGAAAGCGCCUACCGUUCAAAUUCUCCCUCUUCUGUGGGACAGCCGUUUCUGUUGAACACUUUGAAUCUCGCUUCGUUUACCGACAAAGGUCAAACCGCAAACGCCUCUGCCAUCGACAUCCUUGCACGCAACUGCGGGCUUCAGUUAGAUAAACCUUCUUAUGAUGCUGACACGAUGAAGCGUCACUGGCAACAACAACAACAAAAGCAGCAGGAUCAGCAAACCGCGACAACAACAACAACAGCUAUGAUGCCGACUGACCAUAUUGCACCUUCAACGACCACAAGCUUGAUAAAGGCUCUGCAGAGGAAACAGCAGCAGCUGCCUCGCCACGGUGGUGCUCAGUCGACCGCGAAGCAAUACACUUGCCCUCAGUACGACUGUCGUAAAAUGUUCACCCGGCCGAGUCAUCUGAAACGUCACCUGAAGGUCCACGCUGGGCUUAAGCCGUUCCCUUGCCCGCACUGUCACAAAUGGUUUUCCCGGUCGGACAAUCUCACGAAGCACAUUCGCAUCCACACGGGCGAGAAGCUCUUCUCAUGCAAUUUCUGCCAGAAGCGCUUCUCCGAUUCAAGCAACCUCACCAAGCACGUGCGGACGCACACCGGCGAAAAGCCCUACCGGUGCGUCUACUGCAGUCAGACCUUCACCGAGUCGAGGACCCUCAGUCGGCACAUGCGCACCCACUCGCUGAUGAUGAUGAUGAUGAUGGAGAUGGAUAUGGAUAUGGUAGGAGGGGCCGGGGGAAGAGUCGGGAGGGAGGCGCAAGAGGCCGGGUACGACAUCGUCAUUGGGAGCAACUGACACCUGGUGGCAGGCGGUGGCAACGGGGUGCGCAUAUGGGGGCACAUAUGUCAUACAAGUGGAGUGGGGUGUGGGCAUCAUCAACGCCACCACCACCACCCACUACUACACCUACCCUCACUGCCAAAUCCAGUGUGGUCUCUUGUCCUGAUAGAAAUAGCAGCCAAAUCUCCUUUGAGUCUUCAUCCUAUGUGAGUCCUGCGUACUCUUACAACAGACAGGGUGGGCACGGUUGGCAUGCCAUGUAUCAUGAGUCUUGUCUCCUCAAUCAGAGUUUGGUUGACCCAGGGUUAAACAACAACAAGGCCGGGUACGAUAUCGUCGUUGGGAGCAACUGACACCAUGUGGGGGCACAUAUUAUGUCAUACAGGUGGAGUGGAGUGUGGGCGUCAUCAAUGCCACCACCACCACCACCAUCCACUGCUACACCUACCAUCACUGCCAAAUCCAGUGUGGUCUCUUGUCCUGGUAGAAAUAGCAGCCAAAUCUCCCUUGAGUCUCAUCCUUCCAUUCUUGUUUUAAAGACAAGGCACAUCAAGCAAUGUGAGUCGUGCGUACUCUUACAACAGAUAGGGUGGGCACGGUUGGCAUGCCAUGCAUCAUAAGUCUGUCUCCUCAAUCAGAGUUUGGUUGACCCAGGGCUAAACAACAACAUAACUUUCAGAGCUCCUAUGUGGUUGCUCGGUGUGCUAAACAUAGCAGCUAAAUGACCCAGGGCUAAACAACAACAUAACUAUCAGAGCUCCUAUGUGGUUGCUCGGUGUGCUAAAGAUAGCAACUAAAUCUCUUUGAAAUUACACCCUACCCUCUUUAAAAAACAAAGGACACAUUUGAUAAUGUAUUCCUAGGUAUACUAUGCCUGAAAGAAAAGCUAUACAGGGUGGUCGUGGUUGGAAAGCUUUUGGUCAUAGGUCUGCUCAGUCAGUUAAACAACAGUUGAGCCAGCAAGGAGGUCUCUUUCUGUGGUUACUUGGUCUGCUAGAAAUAGCAGCUAAAACUACCUUAAGCUACACUCUCCCAUUUCAUGAAAUAGAAGGUCAUGUUUGAUGAUGUAGACCUAGAUAUCCCUAGACAAAUGGUGAUGGUCAUAGCUGGAUUGUCUGAUCAACUGGUUAGAAAUAGCAGCCAAAUCUCUCUCAAAUUACUACUGUCUUUAGAAAAAGGAAGGUCACAUUUGACAGUGUAGUCCUUGAUACAUCUAGACAAAUAGUGAUGGUCAUAAUUGGAUUGGCUGAUCGAUUCACUAGAAAUUGCAGCCAAAUCUCUUUUCAGUCACUACUGAUUUAAAGAUAAAAAGAGAAGGACACAUUUGAUAGUGUAGUCCUUGAUAUACUUAGACAAAGGGUGAUGGUCAUGGCAAGGUUGUCUCAUUGAGUUGGUUAGAAAAAGCAGCUAAAUCUCUCUCCAACUAGUCUUUAAAAUAAAAGGAAGUAAAGGACAUCACCUAGAUAAAUGGUGAUGGUCAUAACUGGAUUGGUUUUUGAUUCUAGGUCUUAAGUGGUUCCAACCUAGGGCUAAAAAGUAAUAGCAGCGAGUUCUCCUUUGGAUCAAUCUGCUGCCUCUCAUCUAUCGAAAACAUUCAAAUCUGAGCACGUUGAGACAAUGUACUCCUAGAUAUACCAUGGUCUGAUGGUAGUAAUAACCUGGAUGGUCAUGGACAGAAAGUCUUUUGAUGAUAGAUCAACUUGAUCAAGCUUUGACACAAUAGUCAAAUGAGGGAUCCUGUAUGUGGUAAUUUAAUCUGCUAAAAAUAGCAGCAAAAUUACCUUUCAAUCACUGUCUUGACCUGUAUGUGGUAACUUAAUCUGCUGAAAAUAGCAGCCAAAUUUCCCAUAAAUCCCUGUCUUGACCUGUAUGUGGUAACUUAAUAUGCUAAAAAUAGCAGCCAAAUUUCUCAUAAAUCCCUGUCUUGACCUGUAUGUGGUAACUUAAUCUGCUAAAAAUAGCAGCCAAAUUUCCCAUAAAUCCCUUCUUGACCUGUAUGUGGUAACUUAAUCUGCUAAAAAUAGCAGCCAAAUUUCCCAUAAAUCCCUGUCUUGACCUGUAUGUGGUAACUUAAUCUGCUGAAAAUAGCAGCAAAAUCGCCCUCAAAUCACUCAGUCUUGGCCUGUAUGUAGUAACUUAUUUCUGCUAAAAAUAGCAGCAAAAUUUUCCUCAAAUCACUGCCUCGACCUGUAUGUGGUAAUUUAACCUGCUAAAAAUAGCAGCAAAAUUUCCUUCAAAUCACUAUCUUGAUCCGUAUGUGGUCAUUUAAUCUGUUAAAUACAGCAGCCAAAUUUCCCUCAAAUCACUAUAUAUAUAUAUAUACAUACAUACAACUAACCUAAAUUCUGUGUGUAUACACACACACAGGCACACAUAUAUGCUUGUAUAUACUCAUGUUUCAAGUUCUAUUUAUCCUGUUUUGUACUAGAAAAUAAAUAUGUAUAUAUAUAUAUAUAUAUAUAUGUAUGUAUUAUACACACCCUGUAUUUAUAUGUAUAUAUAUUUGUAUCCAUCAUUUCGAAAAAUUAAUGCGAAGAAAUUCUUCAGGACACAAAUUAAAAAGAUAUCCCCCACCCCUGACAUUUUUUCUAUUGGUCAAAUUUUGACUGAUAAAAAAGCAAAAAAAAAACAGAUCAAAAGCAAAAAUUGAUGAGAAAAGAAUGUUUAAAAAAAACUAAAACAAAAAAAAAAAGCCAAACAAAUAUUUAUGUAAAUUUAUCAAUGGACUAUCAGGAGACAUUUUGAAUAGCUAUGCAUAUCAUCCUUCAUGAUUAAAAAAAAAAAAAAUAAACACUCAUUUUUGUCAUCAUGGGUAUACUAUUAUACAUACC